AAUAGGGAUAGGGAUAGGGAUAGGAGCGGACGGGGUGAGGCCGACGAUACUAUACGCAGUGCCAGUGGUAUGAGUAGGAGGCAGCAGCAGCCGCAGUCGCUGCUGCGAGAGCAACAAUUACAAUCCCAAUCGGCACCACCACCGCAGCAACAGCCUCGUCGUAUUCAUCCACAUCCUCUCCCGCCUACACCCCAGCCGGACGAGGAAGACGAGCAAGAACCAGAGAUGCCACCUUUCGGCCGCCGCCCGUCCCGUGAUGUCCCGGUGGGUAAAGAGCACGAGAUCAAGCGGGCGGACUACUACAAGACGCCGUCCGGAGCAGAGGACCACCCGGGGCCACAGCCCACGUAUGAUUUUCCUCCGCAGAACCCGGCUGCGAUAGAGUCCAACAGCAAAAUUGGAUUCCGGCAUCGUCACCGCCGGCUGUGGGGCGGUACGUCAAGUCGAGGCGUGGACUCCGGCAAGGUCGUAAAACCGACCGAGUCCAUCGGAGGCGGAUUCACGCACGAGUUCGCCCGACUGACCCUUGAGGAUCGAGAGGCCGCCGGACAGGUGGACGACGGGCCGAAUUGGCAGGUCCCAGAUCCACAACUCUUUAGACCCAGACUAUCCGUCAAGUGCGGCCCGCUGUUGAGGUACACCGGACUGCGCCGCGACGAUGCCUCGGCCCGAUCACCGCAGGGUGGCCGCGAGACCUGGCGGGGUUCCGUCAUGAUACUAACCACCGACAGCGGAUCGGACUAUUCGACGACGCCAACCCUACGCCUGUAUUACGUUAACGACGCCCAGGGCAGCAGAAAUGAUGGACGCAGGGGCCGGUUCUCGGAGGUUCAGAGCCUGAAGUUGCACGCACAGAAUGGCGUGACGUUCUGGCGAUUCAACCUCGAAGUGGAGCUAGCCAACACCCAGUCCAAAAUUGCGUACCAGAUCAACCACGCACAGGUUGUGCACUUCUGGGUGCCCGCGAAAGGCCAGAUCAUGAACAUUAUGUUUCACAGCUGCAACGGCUUCAGCCUCAGCGUGAACCCGAAGGACUUUUGCGGGCCGGAUCCCUUGUGGCGAGACGUGCUCGAGAAACACAAGCAGCGGCCGUUCCACGUCAUGCUCGGUGGUGGCGAUCAGAUUUACAACGAUGCCGUCUCCAAGCAGACGACGCACUUCAAAGCGUGGCUGAAUAUCAAGACGCCUUUCAAGAAGUCGUCGCACGAAUUUACUCACGAAAUGGCGGUCGAACUGGAAGCAUUUUAUCUCGAAAGAUACAGUAUGUGGUUUUCGCAGGGACAGUUUGGCGUUGCCAACUCGCAGAUUCCGAUGGUCAACAUAUGGGAUGAUCACGACAUCAUCGAUGGCUACGGAUCCUACCCGAACCACUUUAACCGCUGCCCCGUAUUUAGUGGCCUCGGGGCGGUCGCGUUCAAGUACUACAUGCUGUUCCAGCACCAGAGUACCACUCAAGAGCGCGAAGAGGAUGAGCCAAGUUGGAUUCUCGGUAGUGCGCCCGGUCCGUACAUCACCGAGCUGAGUCGCCACACGUUCAUGUUCCUCGGACGGAGCGUCGCGUUUCUGGGACUGGACUGCCGAACGGAGCGGAUGAGAGAUAUGGUAGUAUCCGCAAGGAGCUACGACAGGAUUUUCAACCGGCUCCAUAAGGAGAUGGUUCCCGGCGAGACGAAACAUCUAAUCGUGAUGCUCGGUGUACCUAUUGCUUACCCGCGGCUAGUAUGGUUGGAGACUUUGUUGACGUCUCGAGUGAUGGAUCCGAUCAAGGCGCUGGCCCACAUAGGCGUACUCGGUGAUUUCUUGAACUCCUUUGACGGCGGUGUAGAGCUUCUGGACGACCUGGACGACCACUGGACGGCCAAAUCACACAAGUCGGAGCGGAACUGGUUGAUGCUGAAGCUGCAAGAGUUCGCGCACCAGCACUCGGUCCGAGUGACAAUCUUGGGAGGCGACGUCCAUCUCGCCGGUAUCGGCCAGUUCUUCUCGAAUCACAAGUUGAAAGUGCCCAAGAAGAAUGAUCACCGGUAUAUGCCGAACGUGAUCUCGUCGGCGAUCGUCAACACACCGCCUCCGAACGCGUUGGCCGACAUCCUGAACAAGCGCAACAUGAUCCAUCAUCUCGACGAUUACACCGACGAAGACAUGUACCCGAUCUUCCUGACCGAUGUCGACGGUACGCCACGCAACAACAAACGGCUGCUGCCCAGGCGCAACUACUGCAUCAUCGACGCGUACGACCCUGAAAGCUGCAACAUCGGCUUCGAGACCAAGCCAACCAAGAGGUCAACCUUCUCCAAGAUCGUGAAACCACUCAAGAAGAAGGGCCCGCCAUCGGCAGUCCAUCUGCCGGGCGAUGCUGGCCUCGAUGGCGCCGUCGGCAGCUCCGAGUACAUGGAUCCGCACGAGGUGAUGCGCGACGGGCUGCAGGUCACCCUGCGGAUGGAGAUCAACCAGCGCGAUCCGUCCGGUGCGACCAAGCCGUACAGCUUCAACGUUCCGGCACUCACCGUCGAGAGGUAGCGAGUGCUUGUAUGAUAUUGUGUGAUGUGCGGUUUAGUUAUACCCCUUCGUUUCGUGCGCUUGGUUGUAGAAGUCUUUUUUGCUGUGGUCGGUCGGUCAUAGCGCCGGGUGGUUGAAUGGAUCGGUUGUUUGGUUGAUUGGAGGUGGUUGCGAUUGUAAUGAGAGUAAUGCAAUAAUAGUAC